AUGUAUAAUUCCUGCUACACCUGCCGUCGACGGCGCAUUGAAUGUCAGAUGGCCCAACCGCCUUGCACGAAAUGUAAAAAGGCCGGAAUAGAGUGUUUUCAGAAGAGGCCGCUGAGAUGGGUCCAAGGGGCGGAGUUCCGGGGGAAGGCGAAGAAGAGGGCAUCAGGAAAUGACUUCCCAGCCGUAUCAGUCGCAGAGUUUGGUUUCGGGACGACAUCAGAUACGUUGGUGUCCACGGAGGUUAAUAGCGGGAUUCAAACAAACUUGCCCACAGGACCAACAGAAUUCGAUGAAGAUGUCCCCAACCCUAUACCGAGUAUACCGUCAGCCCUGGGUGAUCCAUCAUCUGCAAGCCUAAAUAGAUCCUCUCAAUACUACCUAUACUAUUACAGCAAAUGCGUGUGCAAACUUUUCAUCAUGUAUGACAGUAACAGAAAUCCUCUUCGAAACCUUAUACCAGCUUCUUUGAACCAGCCAGUCCUUUUAAACUCGAUUGUUGCUCUUUCUGCACGCCAUAUGGAAAACGCCGGUCAAUCGUUUCAGGUGGGAGUAUCAACUUCUCCCGGUGCACUUUGGUUCAAAUACAAGGCUAUCCAAGGACUUUCCCGCGCCCUUAAUGAUAAUGCAUUGUGCAAGCAAGACACAACCGUUGCCGGUGCUUUUCUCAUGAUAUUCUUGGACCUGCUGGAAUCCGGGAGUGAUAAAUGGAAUGUUCAUCUGGAGGGUAUCAAAAGAUUGAUUGCUCAGAUCCAACCACCAUCUUCAUUGUCGACUGGAGCUCAGCAGGACCUGGGCCAAACUGUCCAAGGGCUACGUGACUUUAUUGGAAGACAGAUUUACUUAAUCGAUACUCUUGGGGCAACCUUCACACGCCCCAGAUUAUUAUCCGUCUCAACUUCUUUGCAGCAGUCAUUAACACCACUCCAAAAGAGCGUCGACCAGUCUUAUCUCGGUUGUCCCGAAAAUCUAUUAGAAGUUCUCCGAUCUCUCUCAUUUUAUCGAAACAUUCUCGCAAAUCCACAGCCGGUUGGCGACACUCUGUUUUACUCCUACAUUCAACAAGUUAACGAUGUGCUCGAAUCCACACAAAAGUUCGACUGCUACGUCUGGGCAUCGAGUCUUCUACAAUCACAUCCACCUCAGGACAUACACAAGCUCUAUACGCUGGCACAGGCAUACAAAAUCGGCUCUCUAAUAUACGGCCGACGCGUCUUUGAUGCUUUUUCCGCAGACACUGCUGCAUCACUAGACGACCUAGUUCGCGAAUUGAUUGGCAUAAUUGACAUUCUGAAGAGCGACGAAGCCCUGUUCAAGUGCAUACUUUGGCCCAUGUUUGUUGCAGGCCUUGAGGCUCAAGAGAAAACGCAAAGGGAUUUUGUAAUCGGCUGCCUUGAAAAGUUCUGGUUUGAGACAAAGUGCGUGAAUGUGAUCAAUGCGGGUAAUAUUUUGAGGAGGUUUUGGCGGCAGGACAACCAGACGUCGUGGAUAUUCAACAUUGGUCAACUGGGCCAAGAUUGGCUUCUUAUAUAA